CUGUCUGAUUAAUCGUCAUCAACGGCUACAAAUACGCCGGGUGUUCCUAAACUCUGUACUGGUAUCUUAAAACCCAAUACUAAUAUGGCCAGUUCUGCCUCCAUUUCAAGGCCCAGGUUCCGCUGCUUCGACCCGACCAGCUCUUACCCUGCGACUGCUGAUCACCCCCGCUACUUCUCCUCCGCCGUUUCUCUCAGCUCCAGCUCCAGUUCCAGUUCCAGUUCCAGUUCCAGUUCUCCCAGAGAGAACGGCUUCAGGGACACGAUGGCAAUUUCCAACAACUCCGAGCCCAAAAUCGUCCCCGGCGAGGGUGGCUACGUUCUCGAAGAUGUUCCUCACUUGGUUGAUUACAUCCCUGACCUCCCUACAUACCCCAAUCCAUUACAAGACAAUCCUUCCUAUUCAGUUGUUAAGCAGUAUUUCGUUAAUGCGGAUGAUACCGUUGCCCAAAAGAUUGUUGUUCAUAAGGAUAGCCCAAGAGGGACACACUUUCGGCGCUCUGGACCACGUCAAAAGGUAUAUUUCGAAUCAGAUGAAGUGCAUGCAUGUAUUGUGACAUGUGGUGGUCUAUGUCCAGGCCUAAAUACAGUUAUUAGAGAACUAGUAUGUGGGUUAAACCACAUGUAUCAUGUCAAAAGAAUUCUUGGAAUAGAGGGUGGAUACAGAGGUUUUUAUGCCAGAAAUACAAUCCCCUUAACACCAAAGGUUGUGAAUGACAUCCACAAACGUGGUGGUACCAUCCUUGGGACAUCACGAGGGGGCCAUGAUACCUCUAAGAUUGUGGACAGCAUUCAGGACAGAGGAAUCAAUCAGGUUUAUGUAAUUGGAGGAGAUGGAACUCAGAGAGGAGCUGCGGUGAUUUUUGAGGAAAUCAGGAGGCGUGGCCUCAAAGUUGCAGUGGCAGGAAUUCCCAAAACCAUUGAUAAUGACAUUCCGGUUAUAGACAAGUCCUUUGGUUUUGACUCUGCUGUUGAGGAGGCUCAACGAGCCAUAAAUGCAGCUCAUGUUGAAGCCGAAAGCGUUGAGAAUGGUAUUGGCGUUGUCAAGUUAAUGGGCCGCUACAGUGGAUUCAUAGCAAUGUAUGCUACUCUUGCCAGCCGAGAUGUGGAUUGUUGCCUGAUUCCAGAAUCACCUUUUUAUCUGGAAGGACCUGGUGGACUUUAUGAAUACAUUGAAAAAAGACUCAAAGAGGAUGGCCACAUCGUUAUAGUAAUAGCUGAAGGUGCAGGAGAUGUUCUUCUUUCUGAAAGCCUGCCUAAAGAUGAGCAGGAUGCUUCGGGAAAUAAGCUUCUUCAAGAUGUUGGCCUGUGGUUAUCGCAGAAUAUUAAGGACCACUUCUCAAAACGGAGAAAGAUGAAUAUAACUCUCAAAUAUAUAGAUCCCACUUACAUGAUCCGUGCUAUUCCAGGCAAUGCAUCUGAUAAUGUAUAUUGCACCCUUCUUGCUCACAGUGCCAUUCAUGGUGCGAUGGCAGGAUACACGGGCUUCACUGUUGGGCCUGUUAAUGGAAGGCAUGCUUAUAUUCCAUUCUGUCGUGUGACCGAGAGGCAGAACAAGGUUGUGAUUACUGACAGAAUGUGGGCACGGUUAUUAUCAUCAACCAAUCAGCCAAGCUUCUUGGAUCCUAAAGAGGUCGCCAAAAAGGUCGCCGAAACGAAGAAAGAGGAUACAGAAGCCGAAGCCCAACUGAUAGAUGCGGAAAACCAUGUUGAAGCAACUGCAUCGUCUGACCCAAAGGACUGCAGCGUCUGUGACCCAAACGUGUAGGGAAAAAGACCAACAAGCAGCCUAUUUGGCAAAUCAAAGAUCCUUGUGUUUGCUGUUCCCUUUUCAAUUUCGCUCCAUCUCUGCAUCCCAGUUUGACAUAGUUUAUCUUCUUACAAGAGCACCCAAACCCGUUGGUGUUUCAGGUUUGAGUGUUUAUAUGUUGAUGUAUGAAGUUGUGUGUGUUCAUUGGUGAAAAGAAUUAAAUUUGAGUUUUCACCAGCAAUUAUGAGUUGACGCUUUCCCCCAACCGUGUUUUUUUAAGAGUUUUAUUUAAACACAGUACUUCUCUUUGUUCACCUUA